AUACGAUUCCCCCGAGUAUUUCACAGUGAUCUGUGACUUUUCCAUUCUGGUGCGCAGCCAGAACAGCCAAAGCUGAUUUUCAACAUGGCUUCAGGGCCUGAUUCUAAAUAUUGCUGCUGAAACAGCUCUGGCAUCAUUGGGUGUUGAGGGAUCUGUGGGCUCUACCUGCUCUGAGAUACAGGCCAAGUGAAAAGCCAUUGUGGAACCACAAUGGGAACAUCUCUUCUUCGAGGAAUUAUUUUCACUCUACUUUUAUAUGUCUGCAAGUCUCAAGAUAUUGUUACUUCCAGGACACCUUUUUCAGCAGAUAUAAACCUUCCAUCAACUGUGAUCACAGCAACUGAGCCAAAAAUGUCAGAUGAGAGUAUAGAGAAACCAGAAAGUGUGGAACACAGUGUGGACGACAUGAAGGGAGAACGUGUAGAGAUGGAGGGUGGAGAACGAGACACAGAAGAGGCUGAGGCUGAUCCUAGAGAGGGGAUUCCAGCAAUGGCUGAUGAGGUGGCUGCUCUGGUGGAGGAGAAGAACGGCAGAGAAGGCUACAAUGAUCAGGCUGAUGAUGGCAUUGACCAAAUGGUUGGUGCAGGGGAUGAAGAAGAUGUCAAGAAUGAGGCUGGAGGAGAAUCUGAGGAGGAGGACAGGAUGGGGAUGCAAGAGGGGUACGAGGAAGACCUUGGAGUGGAGGAUUUUGAGAACUAUGGGGAAGAAGUGGUUGGACCAGAUGUGGAGGUAGAGUUUGCAGACAAAGAGGAGGUUGACCUGGAGGUCAGAGAUGGAGUUCCGGUAGACAUUUUCACAAGCAAAGGCUCAAAUGAAAGUGAAAUUGAGACACAAGAUCUGCCCCCUGCUCCAUUUCACACUUACGUAUCACCACGGUCACAUGGUAGCAUCAGGAGGAAGUCUCACCCGGAGAGUAACGUCAUGGGCGGAGACAUUGCGGAGGACACCAAUAACUUCAGUGAGAUGGUGACACCCGACACUGGACUUUUGAACCUGGAGCAGACACAGACCAUGCCGACUCUGGAUGAUUCUCUAGAGGAUGUUGCAUCCACAACCCCCAGUCUUUUAAACGAAGAUGAAGAUCUCAGCCAUGAGCUAUUAGAGGACACUACAGAUGGUUCAGCCCUUGGCAUAGAGACAUGGAAGAUUGGCACAAUUUCUGCGGCCAUAUUCCUUUUCCUGGAAGCAGCUGUUAUUGUUGUAUAUUGUCUUAAAUACAGGAAAAGAACGUCGAGACAGACAAUGUCAAAUCUGGAAUCAGGCCGAACCCCCAAACGGGAAUCCACUGGUGGACACGCUCACCAGAUAACUUGCUCUGAAACCUCCCACAGAAAAGAACAGGAAAUGAUGUCAGACACGCAGCUGGAUUCGCUUUAGGGCGCACGUCUGUGGAUUCUGGUCAUGCCCGGCCUCCAGUUCUUUGGAUACCCCUCCCCUCACCUUUUCUUAAAUGUACUUCAUACCUGACUUGCUGCUGACAUGCUGUGUCCCGUUAUCAGAAGCACGUUCAGUGUGCCUGCGCACUGUUGUGCCCAUUAAAAUGACUUACUGUCCAA